AUGUACGAGGAGAUGAAGACCCCGAAAAAGCGGUCAAUUGGAAUCACCUUAGGUCCUUGUCAGCUAGGAUAUUUCUACACCAGACAUUUCCAUUACUGUUUCCGAUAUGCUGGAAGUAAUUUCCGAAAAUCAACUUCCGUCCAGAUCUGUAAUGAAAGAAAUGACACGCUUAUAAAAGUGGACUCAACAGAAGAAAACCUGUUUGUGAGCAGUCUAGCUUAUUCUUUCGUCAACAAUAGCCUGGGAUCAAAAAGCUUUGAGCUGAUACUAGAUGGUGAAAAGAUGACAUCCGGACAAUGGACCUCUUUAUUUGGGAAUCAGGAGGCAUUGGUUUUCACGAACUUUUAUGCCGGUGAUGUAGCGACAAAGAGAGGAUUCUACAUUGAAAUAGGUUCGGAUGGAGAGGAUGGUUCUGUGUCCCUUUUCUCUGAGAGGUCGAGGGAAUGGGAUGGUCUUCUUAUUGAAUCUCAUCCUGGACGUUACAGACAACUACGUCAAAAACACAGAAAAGCCUUAACAUUAAGAGCAUGCGUCAGAGUAUUAUACAUGUUUACAUUUACCUCUAUAAUGUUUACAAUAUUACAUCUUAGAGUAAUUCAAGUAAACAUGAAAAAAAAAUUCGAAGACGCCAUUGAAGGACACGUGAAAAUUCCAUGUCUGUGGUUGGAAUCCAUACUGAAUGCACUGGAUAAAAAUACAGUUGAUCUGCUCAGUGUAGAUGCCAGAGACCAGGAAAUGGAACUUCUUAAAGCUAUACCUUUAUCUAAGUAUGCCGUAAAUGUGAUCACGGUGGAAUUUGUAGAAGGAUCGGGUAGUGACCUCUCUGUGAUGAGAUAUUUGCUGGAUCAUGGCUACCAUGCUAAUCAUCAGUUUGUCAAUCAUCCCUUAAAUAGAAAUGACAUGGUGUUUACCAGAAAAAAAUCAAGCUAG